AUGGCAAUCUCUAAAGGAGUUAAAGUUCCUUGUAAUUUUUGCUUGUUGGAAGAACUUGAAGAAGGACAAAAAGGAGUAGGCAAUGGUACUGUCAGCUGGGGCCUUGAAGAUGAUGAAGAUAUGACACUUACAAGAUGGACAGGCAUGAUUAUUGGGCCAUCAAGGAUAAAUUACGAAAAAAAAAGAAUAUAUAGCCUGAAAGUAGAAUGUGGACCUAAAUACCUAGAAGCUCCUCCAUCAGUUAGAUUUGCAACAAAAAUUAAUAUGAAUGGAAUAAAUAAUUCCAGUGGAAUGGUGGAUGCACAUAGCAUACCAGUGUUAGCAAAAUGGCAAAAUUCAUUCAGCAUUAAAGCUGUACUUCAAGGGCUAAAAUGUUUAAUGAUGUCCAAAGAAAACAUGAAGCUUCCACAGCCACCAGAAGGACAAAAAUACAAUAAAUAA